CAUAGCACAGCGUAUGUAUACUUCUGGAGGCAGGCAAAGCUAAUACAGGAUGCAACCCACUGUAUUAAACCAGUUCUUUCCAUAAAUCUGAAGGACUUGCUCGUCAAUGGCAGGCGAUAUCACAUAUGUGGAUGUGGCAAUGCUACCAAGGGAAAGACCACACGCUCCUUCUCAGACAUCAGUUCCAGGAAACGUGAUCACAUACGCUGAGCUGCGCAUGAAGCCGAAACACAAAGGGAACAGCAGAUCAGAGACUUCCGCUUCUGGUUGCCAACAUAGAUGCUCAGCGUGGUUCUACGUGGCACUGGUCCUGGGAGUCCUUGUGCUCGUCCUGAUAGGCAUCAUAGCCGUACUAGCUGAGCAACUUUUGAAAGGCAGAGAAGGAAAAUCAGAAAGUUUGUCCCAGUAUGGUAUCAAUAGCACUGGCAAUCACAUUUCUUCAGAGAAAAUUGCCUCUACGAUGCUCCUGAAAUGGCUCAUGAAGGAACUCUGUGAAGAUGGACAGGCAACAACGUGUGAGCUGUGUCCUCCUGGGUGGCAACUACAUAGAGGGAGAUGCUACUACUUCUCUGAGAAGGCUGUAAAUUGGGAUGACAGCCAGAGAAACUGUUUGGCCAGGAAAUCCCAACUUCUAGUCAUUGAGGAUGAAAAUGAGAUGGAAUUUAUAGACCAUAAAGAGAGAGGCAUAAAAUAUAUUUGGAUUGAGUUAAAGGUCCAAAAUGUGAAGAAACAACAGAGUUCAGCUGAAGAUCCUGGAGCAGAAGAAAACAGGAUAGCUAUGAAAAGAAUUGAGGAUGACAAGAACUGUGCUGUUUACAGAAGAAAAAACAUAAUCCAAACAGAUAACUGCCACACUUUAAAGAAGUGGAUCUGUAAGAGGAAUGCAACUUUGUUGGUGCUCUGAGCCAAACUGUCAGACAACAGUUUUGUCAGAAGACCAAUUUUACUGAUAGAGCAACACAUAGCAUAAGAAAUUUUAUAAAACUUGCACAGAAAUUUGCUUUUCACUGUUCUGUGCUGCCUGAGACUUUGUCAGAUGCAAAGAGGGAGCUCCAAAGUUACCAUGUGUCAGUGUGAAGGUCAUGAAACAGCACUGCAUGAUUUGAAUUAGGGGUGCUGAGCCUUCCCACUGCCAGUUGUUGGCAGCAGCUGCUUCUAGAAGAGAGCAGGGGAGAAGAGAUACUCGUGAAGGAUGAGCACUGCACACAUGUACUAUAUGAUGUACAGGAAAGAUGCUGUCUGCAAGGGUGGAAGAGUGUGUUGGAGCCCACAGCUGUCAUACAUGUCCCUCAGGCUGCUGAGCUGAGGCACUUUUUAUUUGGGAUUCAAUAUUUUAGUGUUUUCUGGGGUUUGUGGUUUGGUUUUUUUUGAUUUUUUUCCCCUUUACAUUCUAAUUCCAACUUACAGAAGCCACUUGAAGGCUGGGGAAAAAUGAAUUUACUAGACUCAUAAGUGUCUCAUUCAGAGCUGGCCUGCACAGAUACUGAAUAUACAGAUACCAGACCAAGCCUAAAGUGACUCAUAACACUUGUGGUUAAUGACUCCUAGUGCUUAACUAGGGAAGAGGCUUAGACCAUAAGACAAUAUUGCAGUGCAAGGAAAUAAAGAUGAUACCCUGCCUUUCCACUUGUAUUUUUUCCUUUUACAUUGCAAGUUCUUUAAUGUGCUGCAACCACAGUUACUGCCUGGGAGGUAUGAUGAUGAAGUGCUGAAGCUAAAGGCUGGUGAAAUUAAUGCCUGUGGGCACACUCAGUGAAUACGUGGGCAUUCAAGUGUCAUUUAAUGCCUGUGAGUGCACCUCAUUAAACAUAUUACUUGGGUGUUUAAGUGUCAUGGAUACAUUAUUUCUGGAUCUAGAAUACAAAAUUGCUAAGAGCAGUCUGA